AUGGCAACCGAACUACUCUUCGCCAAAACCUUCCUCUCCCACCUCGACGGCCGGCCCGCCAAGAUCUCGCCCGACCACAUCGAAGACCCGCGCAGCUACCCAAGCCACUCACCCUACACCCUCCCACGCCACCCCUCCCAAAAACCCUUCUCCAAACCCCCACCCACCACCACCACCGGCACCACCACCACCACCUCCGAAAAUGCCCCAACCACAAAACGCAACCCCGGCGCCGCCCCCGCCACCUCCGUCACCCUGCGCUCCGCGCGCAACCCGCCCUUCGAACUCGUCCUCCCCGCCGUGGCGCUCACCACCUCCCUCGCCGAGAUCAAAGAGCAGCUGGCGGCCGAGACAGGGAUCCCGCUGGACAAGAUCAAGCUGCUGGCGGGGAAGAAGCCGGUUGGGGAUAGCAAGGUGCUGAAGGAGCUCGUUUCUUCUUCUGAGGGGGCUGGGGCUGGGGGGGUGGAGUUGGGGGUGAUGGUUUUGGGGGGAGGGGCGGUGUUUUUUAAGGGGUUGGGGGGAAAGGAGGGGGGGAAGGAGGAGAGAGGGGUGGGUGGUGAAGGGGGUGGGGAGGUGACGGCGGCGGCGGCGGCGCCGGUUGCGCAGGGGUUGAGUGGGGAGGGGGUGUUGAAGACGGAGGUGUUUUGGGAGGAUUUGAAGGGUUUUUUGCAGCAGAGGGUGCGGGAUGAGGGGGUUGCGGGUGAUGCUUUGGGGGUGUUUAGGGGUGCGUGGGAGGGCAGGGCAUAG